CAGACCGCUGCAGGGAAGCCGUUGCCGCAACCGCAGCCCCGGAGAAGAGCGCCGUCGCCGCGUGGCGCGCUAGGGCCAUGGAAGGAGGCGUCGCCCAGGGCCGCGCGCCAGGCCCGCCGCUGCUCGUGCUGCUGCUCGUGGCCCUGGCCGGGGCCCCGCCGUUGGCGCGCGCGCUGCCGUCCAAAGUGUCGCGCGGCGUGGCCGUGCCCUUUGUCUUCGACCCGCGCGCCGUCUGCAGCCCGCCCUGCCAGCACGGGGGCCUGUGCAUCAGGAACGGCACCUGCUUCUGCUCCAAGGGCUACGAGGGCGAGCUCUGCCAGUACGCAACUUGUUAUCCAAAAUGUAAAAACGGUGGGAAGUGUCUCAGACCUGGAAAAUGUAGGUGUCAACCUGGCUAUGGAGGAAGAUACUGCCAUAAAGUAAGCUGUGAAGGAGGGUGUCAGAAUGGUGGGGAGUGCAUUUCUGUCAAUGGGAGGGUAACGUGCAUUUGUGCUUCAGGAUGGACAGGAUCGAGAUGCCAAGAAGCAAUUUGUCCUCAAGGAUGUUGGAAUGGAGGUGCUUGUGUAGCUCCUGGAAUCUGCAGCUGUGCAACCGGCUGGGUUGGUGGGGCCUGUCAUUUAGCACUGUGUAGACUGCCUUGUCAACAUGGAGGCAAAUGUAUUGCUCCAGAUGUCUGCAGAUGUCGUUCACCAUACUCAGGUCUACAGUGUACCAAGAGAAUAAAGGAAUGAAACAGUCUUCUUGGAAGAUGAAUGCCAUUAUUUUAAUGAAUGAACAUAGGGUAAAGGAGAAUUUUUGCUUUAUCCUAGUUGGUUCUUGAAUAGGGUUUUUUUUAAAAAAAAUCUGAAUAUAUCUCAAAGGGAAACUCUCCUAUAUUAAAGGGCCACUUUUUAAAAAUACUCCAGUUAUCAAGUUAGUUGAAUGUCUUUCAGAAUAUACGUAUGAAAGGGAAUCUGGAUGCAUAGUAUUCUAUUGUCUCAUGUUAGCACAUUUAACGCUGAAUAUUUUAUUUUAAUAAAGCAUU